AUGAGCUCUACACAUGCUUUGCGCAGAGCCUCGGCUCUCACACUCGCCUCUCGAAGACCCGUCGCCCAGGUCAUCCCCGUUGCUCUGCGCGCCAGAUCACGUUCAAACCUCCCAGAAGAACCCGACCCACAGCUGAAUGGCUACCCGCAAUUGCCCUGGGUCCCCAAAGGAUCUCUCCCUGCUCGUGGAUGGGAUGAUAUGCUCGAGCGCAGGAACUUUGGAGAGCCACUGCAUGAGCAAGAAGAGGUUCUCUCUAUGUGGGGUCCUGAUGUUCCCCCCGUGCCACCCCAGACUGCCCUCCGACACUUCCUCUUUGCCGUAACUGCCUUCAUUGGCGCAGGAUUCACCAUAAAAUACUAUUUGACCCCCGACGCACCUGCCAUUAAGCGCGAAUAUCCUUAUAACGGUCUUAUUAAGGAGCUUGGUGGAUUGGAAGAGAACAAGGCAAGCAUCUCUGACUUCUGCGCCGCCCCACGCGAGAACGGAAAGUCUCGACGACUCGGAAUGAACUUCGCUAGAGUUGGUUUAGAUUUGCUGGUUGUCCGGUUCCCCCAAUGA